AUGAAGCGCUUAUCAAUUAUUUUCUUUGUUUUUUUCUUUAUUUUUUUUAAUAAAUCAUUAGAAGGUAAAAUUAAAACUGAAGGAGGAAAUGCCAUUAAAAAAAGAUCACCUAAAAAACCAGAACCAUUAGUUGAUGUACAAGAAUUAUUAGCUGAUAUGAUUAAGAAGGAUGAGGAAUUAGUUCAAAUAACAAAAAGCAAGGCUGGAUACAAAUUGGCUACACAAAUUCUUUCUGCAACUUUGGGUGUAGUAUCAGCAGCUUUAAUAGGUGGUAUUGGAUUAGUAAUGUUUAAUGCUAACCGUGGAAGACAUCCAUUCAAAAUAGGACCAAGUGAACCAAAAAAUGAAGAUGUAGAUUCAUCUGAAGAAGGAAAUGAUACUAAUGAAGAAACAUCAUCAUAA